UUUGAAGACUAUGGGGGAUGUGAAGCUGGCUGCCUCGGCACACGUUUCUAAAACCUCCUUCAGUGUGGAUCCCUCGAGAGUCGGCUCCAUGCCCCUGACCGAGGCCCCUGCUUUCAUUCUGCCCCCUCGGAACCUCUGCCUCAGAGAAGGAGCCACCGCCAAGUUUGAAGGGAGGGUCCGGGGUUACCCAGAGCCCCAGGUGACGUGGCACAGAAAUGGGCAACCCAUCACCAGUGGGGGCCGCUUCCUGCUGGACUGUGGCAUCCGCGGGAGUUUCAGCCUGGUGAUUCAUGCUGUCCGGGAGGAGGACAAGGGGAAGUAUACCUGUGAAGCCACCAAUGGUAGCGGUGCCCGCCAGGUGACAGUGGAGUUGACGGUAGAAGGAGGCUUUGUGAAGAGGCACGGUCAGCCUGUUUCCAAAACCUUGGGGGACAGAUUCACAUCCCCCACAGUGGAGAACCGUCCUAGCAUCUGGGGAGAAUGCCCACCAAAGUUUGCUACCAAGCUGGGCCGUGCGGUGGUCAGAGAAGGACAGAUGGGGCGAUUCUCCUGCAAGAUCACUGGCCGGCCCCAACCACAAGUCACCUGGCUCAAGGGAGAUGCUCCCCUGCAGCCCAGUGCCCGAGUGUCUAUGUCUGAGAAGAAUGGGAUGCAGGUCCUGGAGAUCCAGGAGGUGAGCCAAGACGACGUGGGAGUGUACACCUGCCUGGUGGUGAACGGGUCCGGGAAGGCCUCCAUGUCCGCCGAGCUCUCCAUCCAAGGUUUGGACCAUGCCAAUAGGUCAGCGUUGAGGGGAACAAAGGCAGCCAAUUCAGAUAUCAGGAAGGAAGUGGCCAAUGGAAUCACACCGGGGCCCAAACUGGACAGCCUAGAAGCUGCAGCUGAAAGUAAGAACUGCUCCAGCACCCAGAAAGGCGGCCCCCCCGCCUGGGCCUCAAGCAGCCAGCCUCCACCCCCGAGGGAACCCAAGCUGGAACUGCCCGGGGACUCGCCCAGGAAGGCCCUGAGGACCCCCAUCCUGCAGAAGACCUCCAGCACCAUCACCCUGCAGGCCACAAGGGUCCAGCCGGAGCCCAGGGCACCAGACCCGGGCACUCCCCUGCCUCCCGGAGAAGAGAGGGAGAGGCCAGCCGCUCCCCCUGCAGCCACCCUCCCCACCAGGCAGUCUGGCCUGGGAACCCAAGACAUUGUGAACAAGGUCGCUUCCAGGAAAAUCCCCAUGGAGAGCAGGAGGGACUCAGCAUUCCCCAAAUUCGUCAGCAAGCCCCAAAGCCAGGAAGUCCGUGAAGGUCAAAUAGUCAAGUUCAGGUGUGAGGUUUCAGGGAUCCCAAAGCCGCAAGUGGCCUGGUUCCUGGAAGGUGUCCCCGUGAGGAGACAAGAAGGCGCCGUUGAGAUUUACGAAGAUGGUGGGUCCCAUUACCUCUGCCUGCUGAGAGCCCGGGCCAGGGACAGCGGGAGCUACAGCUGCAUAGCCUCCAACGUCCGAGGCCAGGUGUCCUGUGACUGGACCCUCCUGGUGAAAAGACCGGCCUUGAUGGAGGUGGCCCCCUCCUUCUCCAGCGUCCUGAAGGACUGCACCGUCGUCGAGGGCCAGGACUUUGUGCUGCAGUGCUCGGUGCAGGGGACCCCAGUGCCCCGAAUCACUUGGCUGCUAAAUGAGCAGCCCAUCCAGUACGCGCACUCCACCUGUGAGGCUGGCGUGGCUGAGCUCCACGUCCAGGACGCCCUGCCGGAGGACCACGGCACCUACACCUGCCUGGCUGAGAACCCCUUGGGGCAGGUGUCCUGCAGCGCCCGGGUCACUGUCCAUGAAAAGAAGAGUAACGGGAAGAGUGAGUAUCUUCUGCCCACGGCCCCCAGCAAGCCCGCUGCACCCCGUUUCCUGCAAGGCCUGUCUGACCUCAAGGUCAUGGAUGGAAGCCAGGUCACCAUGACAGUCCAGGUGUCAGGGAACCCGCCCCCUGAGGUCAUCUGGCUUCACAACGGGAACGAGAUCCAGGAGUCGGAGGACUUCCACUUUGAACAGAGGGGCACUCGGCACAGCCUGUGCAUCCAGGAGGUGUUCCCGGAGGACACGGGCACUUACACCUGCGAGGCCUGGAACAGCACCGGAGAGGUUCGCACCCAGGCUGUGCUCACCGUGCAAGAGCCCCAGGAUGGCACCCAGCCCUGGUUCAUCAGCAAGCCUCGCUCGGUGACAGCCUCCCUGGGCCAGAGCGUCCUCAUCUCCUGUGCCAUCGCCGGUGACCCCUUCCCCACCGUGCACUGGCUCCGAGACGGCAAGGCCCUCUCCAAAGACGCCGGCCACUUCGAGGUGCUGCAGAACGAGGACGUGUUCACCCUGGUCCUGAAGAAUGUGCAGCCCUGGCACGCCGGCCAGUAUGAAAUCCUGCUCAAGAACCGGGUUGGCGAAUGCAGUUGCCAAGUGUCACUGAUGCUACAGAGCAGCCCUGCCCGAGCCCCCCUGCGGGGGAGGGAGCCUGCCAGCUGUGAGGGCCUCUGCGGCCGAGGAGUUGGUGCUGAUGGUGGCGAUGGUGACUGCUAUGGGACCCUGAGGCCUAGCUGGCCAGCAAGAGGGCAGGGUUGGCCAGAGGAGGAGGACGGCGAAGGCGUGCGGGGCGUGCUGAAGAGGCGUGUGGAGACCCGGCAGCACACGGAGGAGGCCAUCCGCCAGCAGGAGGUGGAGCAGCUGGACUUCCGCGACCUCCUGGGGAAGAAGGUGAGCACCAAGACCGUGUCGGAGGAAGACCUGAAGGAGAUCCCCGCCGAGCAGAUGGAUUUCCGCGCCAACCUGCAGCGGCAAGUGAAGCCAAAGACCGUGUCGGAGGAAGAGAGGAAGGUGCACAGUCCCCAGCAGGUUGACUUCCGCUCUGUCUUGGCCAAGAAGGGGACUCCCAAGACCCCAGUGCCUGAGAAAGCACCGCCUGCAAAACCUGCCACCCCGGAUUUUCGCUCAGUGCUGGGCAGCAAGAAAAAAUUACCAGCAGAGAAUGGGAACAGCAGUGCCGAGGCCUUGAAUGCCAAGGUGGCAGAAAGUCCCAAGGCUGUGGUCAAUGCCCAGCCUUCAGGGUCCCUGAAACCUGUGGGCAAUGCCAAGCCUGCUGAGACCCCGAAACCCAUAGGCAAUGCCAAGCCUGCUGAGACCCUGAAACCUGUGGGCAAUGCCAAGCCUGCUGAGACCCUGAAACCCAUAGGCAAUGCCAAGCCUGCUGAGACUCUGAAACCUGUGGGUAAUGCCAAGCCAGCUGAGACCCCAAAACCGUUGGGCAACGCCAAACUGGGUGAGACCCCCAAACCCUUGGGCAACGCCAAACCAGCCGAAACCCCGAAACCCCUGGGCAACGCCAAACCAGUCGAAACCCCGAAACCCCUGGGAAAUGCCAAGCCUGCUGAGACCCUGAAACCUGUGGGCAAUGCCAAGCCUGUUGAAACCCCCAAACCCCUGGACAAUGCCAAGCCAGCUGAGAUCCCAAAACCAGCUGGGAAAGAAGAACUCAAGAAGGAGGUUAAGAAUGAUGUGAACUGCAAGAAGGGGCCUUCAGGAGGCACAGAUAAGGAACAAAGGUCAGAGGGCCAAGGGGCUGCCCCGACCUUCACGGAGAAGCUGCGAGAUGUCCAUGUGGCAGAGGGCGAGAAGCUGCUGCUCCAGUGCCAGGUGUCCUCUGACCCCCCGGCCACCGUCACCUGGACGCUGAAUGGAAAGACACUCAAGACCACCAAGUUCAUCAUCCUCUCCCAAGAAGGCUCCCUCUGCUCCGUCUCCAUCGAGAAGGCACUGCCAGAGGACAGAGGCUUAUACAAGUGUGUAGCCAAGAAUGGCGCCGGCCAGGCUGAGUGCUCCUGCCAAGUCACUGUGGACGAUGCCCCCGCCGGUGAGAGCGCCAAGGCCCCUGAGAUGAAAGCCCGGAGGCCCAGGAGCUCGCUUCCUCCUGUGCUGGGAACAGAGAGUGAUGCAACUGUGAAAAAGAAACCUGCCCCCAAGACACCUCCAAAAGCAGCCAUGCCCCCUCAGAUCACCCAGUUUCCUGAGGACCAAAAGGUGCGUGCAGGAGAGUCUGUGGAGCUGUUCGGGAAAGUGACAGGCACCCAGCCCAUCACCUGCACCUGGAUGAAGUUCCGGAAGCAGAUCCAGGAGAGUGAGCACAUCAAGGUGGAGAACAGCGAGAGCGGCAGCAAGCUCACCAUCCUGGCGGCCCGCCAGGAGCACUGCGGCUGCUACACGCUGCUGGUGGAGAACAAGCUGGGCAGCAGGCAGGCCCAGGUCAACCUGACUGUGGUUGACAAACCAGACCCCCCAGCUGGCACGCCUUGCGCCUCUGAUAUCCGGAGCUCCUCGCUGACCCUGUCCUGGUAUGGCUCCUCGUACGAUGGGGGCAGUGCUGUGCAGUCCUACAGUGUCGAGAUCUGGGACUCGGUGGACAAGUCGUGGAAGGAACUAGCCACGUGCCGCAGCACCUCGUUUAACGUCCAGGACCUGCUGCCUGACCGAGACUAUAAAUUCCGUGUGCGCGCCAUCAAUGUGUACGGAACCAGCGAGCCCAGCCAGGAGUCUGAACUCACAGCGGUGGGAGAGAAACCUGAGGAGCCGAAGGAUGAAGUGGAGGUGUCCGAUGAUGAUGAGAAGGAGGCUGAAGUCGAUUACCGGACGGUGACGGUCAAUACCGAACAAAAAGUGUCUGACUUCUAUGACAUCGAAGAGAGACUAGGAUCUGGGAAAUUCGGACAGGUCUUUCGACUUGUAGAAAAGAAAACUGGAAAAAUCUGGGCAGGGAAAUUCUUCAAAGCAUAUUCAGCAAAAGAGAAAGAGAACAUCCGGGAGGAGAUCAGCAUCAUGAACUGCCUCCACCACCCCAAGCUGGUCCAGUGUGUGGACGCCUUCGAAGAAAAGGCCAACAUCGUCAUGGUCCUGGAGAUCGUGUCGGGGGGUGAGCUGUUUGAGCGCAUCAUCGACGAGGACUUUGAGCUGACGGAGCGAGAGUGCAUCCAGUACAUGAGGCAGAUCUCGGAGGGGGUGGAGUACAUCCACAAGCAGGGCAUCGUCCACCUGGACCUCAAGCCCGAGAACAUCAUGUGUGUCAACAAGACGGGCACCAAGAUCAAGCUCAUCGACUUCGGGCUGGCCAGAAGGCUGGAGAAUGCAGGGUCUCUGAAGGUCCUCUUUGGCACCCCGGAGUUUGUGGCACCUGAAGUGAUCAACUAUGAGCCCAUUGGCUACGCAACGGACAUGUGGAGCAUCGGGGUCAUCUGCUACAUCCUGGUCAGUGGACUUUCCCCCUUCAUGGGUGACAACGAUAACGAAACCUUGGCCAACGUUACCUCAGCCACCUGGGACUUCGACGACGAGGCCUUCGAUGAGAUCUCCGAUGAUGCCAAGGAUUUUAUCAGCAACUUGCUGAAGAAGGAUAUGAAAAACCGCCUGGACUGCACCCAGUGCCUUCAGCAUCCGUGGCUAAUGAAGGACACCAAGACCAUGGAGGCCAAGAAACUCUCCAAGGACCGGAUGAAGAAGUACAUGGCCAGAAGGAAAUGGCAGAAAACGGGCAAUGCUGUGAGAGCCAUUGGAAGACUGUCCUCUAUGGCAAUGAUCUCAGGGCUCAGUGGCAGGAAGUCCUCAACAGGAUCACCAACCAGCCCUCUCAACGCAGAAAAACUAGAAUCGGAAGGAGAUGUCGCCCAAGCUUUCCUGGAGGCUGUUGCUGAGGAAAAGCCCCAUGUAAAACCCUAUUUCUCUAAGACCAUUCGUGAUUUAGAAGUGGUGGAGGGAAGUGCUGCUAGAUUUGACUGCAAGAUUGAAGGAUACCCAGACCCUGAAGUCGUCUGGUUCAAAGACGACCAGUCCAUCAGGGAGUCCCGCCACUUCCAGAUAGACUACGAUGAGGAUGGGAACUGCUCUUUAAUCAUUAGCGAUGUGUGCGGGGAUGAUGAUGCCAAGUACACCUGCAAGGCUGUCAACAGUCUCGGAGAAGCCACCUGCACAGCGGAACUCAUUGUGGAAACCAUGGAGGAAGGAGAAGGAGAAGGGGAAGAAGAGGAAGAAGAGGAAGAGGAAGAGUGAAACAAAGCCAGAGAGAAGCAGUUUCUAGGGCCCCAGCUACCAAAGAAGAUAGCGGAAAAGGUUUCUUCCUACCCUACAGAGCUAUUCCAGGGUAGUAAAGCUUAGACAUAUUUCCCUCCCUGGGCCUCUAGUUGGAGAAUAAAGGGGGGAUAGGCAAGUUACUAACAGUCAUUUAUAAGAUCAAAGUUUCCUAAUUUCAGGGUUCCUCUGUUGUAAUGUAACCCGUCUGCUAUAUUACCCUGUAUAUGAAGCUUAGAAACCAACAUAAGAUGUUGCUCUGGCAGCUGCUUUUGCCAUGACCCAGACUUACACACACACACUAUAUUCACGAGACAAAAUUGCACCCUGAAGGCUCCAGCCGUGCCCUGCUUCCCUUCCUGGGAAACUCCACACUCCACCCACCUCAGUCAGCCCUGGCCUGAGCUCAUCCAUCUCCCACGAUGUUCAAAAGAAGAGGACAGUUCCUGAUUGAGAGGCCUGAGUGCAGAAGCCAGCUCCCCCAUCACAGGCAGCUGGCACUUGGGUGGGAUGGAGAGAACACCCCGAGGCUGUUCUUCAGAAGGAAAGCUACAAGAAUUGGCAGCUGUGAUCUCCGGGGACAAA